AUGUCUAGUCACGAACAAUUCGUAAGUACAAAGACUGGAUGUGAGCAAUAUGAGAUAUUUGCCGUGCUUACGAUUGCGCCUUUUGCAAUUCUUCUACGAAAUUUGGCUCUUCCAUGGAUUUUCUUAGGACGACGUUUUACCUACAAUGAUUGGGGACUCGGGUUGAAAUUCUUUCUCGACUUUGCUGUGAUAGUGCUACCGUUUAUGCUAGCAUUGAGUUUCUUUGCUGCCAGCUCUCUAUUUAUUCUUCUUAUUCUAAUGUUAUGCAUCUUGAUGUUACUUUUAUUCGUUUUUCUUGAAUUUACGCUAUUCAUGAGAGAGCGACCACCAAUAAAGGGUCUCUUGCAAAAAAUCAUUGAAGAGCACCAUCAUCCAACGACAUUUUUGACAUAUUUAAGGAGCUUGGUCUUGAUUUUUACAAAUAUCGCAAUAUUGGCCGUCGAUUUUCCCGUGUUUCCAAGAAGAUUCGCAAAGACUUCGCACUAUGGACACAGUGUUAUGGACGUUGGAGUGGCAGCUUUUAUUUACAUUCUCGCCGUUGGCCGACAACUGAAGACACAAGGAAUGCGCGAUCGACAAGAGAAACGUGGAGGUAGGUUUCGUCGAGCUUUUGCAUCCUCAACCGCCUUCUUGAUAUAUUUGGGCAUUGGAAGAACUCUUCUAAUAAAGGGGCUUGGCUACCCUGAAGUCGUCUCAGAGUAUGGUCUGCAUUGGAAUUUCUUUUACACUUUUUUCAUCGUUCAGGUAGUAGCAAAAUUUCUGCCAAAACGAUUCCACGCUCUACUUGCCAUCUUAUUUGCCACGGCACAUCAACUUUUGCUCAGCUCGGGUUAUGAGGAAUGGGCGUUGUCGGAGGAUGCCCCAAGGACGGAUUUCAUCUCGGCGAAUCGGGAGGGUUUUUGCUCGUUGCUGGGCUACAUUGCGAUGUACUACUUUGCGAGCUCAAUUGGCAAAUUCAUUACGUCAACCGGUUGUCGACUCCGUAACUGGAUCCAAUGCUGUGCGUACCUCUUCCUGCUCGCCGGCUUCUUCUUUGUGCUGCAAAAGGGCGCUGAGAUGGCGAUCGGAGCACCGAGCAGGCGAAUCACAAAUCUCUCCUACAUCUUUGCUCAGCUAUCCCUCUUCACUUACGGGUUGGCGAUCUGUCUCGGUGUGCAAGUGGUGGCGUUUAUUGGAUGGGCGGCUAAUGUGCCUCAUUUUGGAACGGAUGAAAACCCUUGGGAAGGCGUGCAACCGUGUCUCCUCGAUUCUGUCAACAAAAUGGGUUUCCUCUUCUUCCUUAUCGGGAACGUUUUUACAGAUCUUAAUCGCUAUCGAAAUUUUGUUUCAUGUUGGAGAGUAAAUGGUUUUGGAGGCGAAAGA